AUGACUGUACAACGCUAUCAAAUAGUUUCCCAUCGUCCGAUGUGUUUCUGGUCUGCACUGGACACGGAAGAAUGGCUCAAGAAGAAACGUCCCAAGUUGGCCUUCAAAUAUGCUCAUCUCUUCCUGAAACAUCACAUUACAGGUCGAGUUCUUGUAGAGAUUACCGAUGACCAACUUAACGAGAUUGGUGUAGAAGAUUUUCAAGAUAGGCAAGAUCUUUAUGUUGAAAUUCGAAAGUGUAAACUGUUUAGUGAUUUGGACGAACUGAUGAAAUUAUCAAAAAGUCCGUUCUGUUGGUAUCGACCCAAGUGA